UUUCGGGUAACCAAGUCACUAAACCGGCUGGGUUUUGAAUUGAAACCCUGGAAACUUGGAUGAAUGCCUAAAUUUGCUCCUCUCCCAGAUCCUUCAUUUACGUUCUCCUACUAAAGAAAAGAAUAUAAAACAUCGGAAAAAAUGAAGGCUGCGACGAGGGUGAUCUUGCUACUUAAGGACGGCGCCGACGACGGCGGCUUCGCUUCUUCAAUCUCAAAUGCUCUCCAACCAAACCCUAACUCUAAUCUCCGAAGAUUGGAAGAGUCAUUUGAGCUGUCGCUGGAAAAGUAUGGAAUCAAAGAUCAUAAAGCUUCUGGAAAUAUGAUUCACUUUCUCAAUAGUAAUGGAGUAUCUGAGGUGUCUGUCUUACUUCUGGAACAUAUCGAGCCUCCACUUUUAGCUUGUGCUUUGAAUGAAGUUCUGGUAUCAUUUCUGGGAGGGACCUCAUCAGACAUCCCCAAUCUCGUAGUUCCGUUUCUUGUGGAGGCAUCAAAGCUUAAACUGGAGAAUAAGAAUGCUAUCUCAAGUUAUGAAGUUUCUCUUCUGUUAGCGGUGGCAAAGGAACGCGAGGAGUUUGCGAAGGAUAAUACUAAGCUGGAAGCUGCGGUUGCUACUUUGGAGGCUGAGGUGACUCAGGUUAAGGCCACCAAUGAGAAGCAAGCCUCGCGUAUUAAAGAGCUAGAAUAUGACGUGCAAGAGGUCGAGGAGAGAGUUGAUGACCUGUGUGAUCAGUUGAGGGAUGCACGCGAGCGUGAGGUUAAGCGAGCUCGCAAAGCUGGACUACGUGAGUUGGAUUUGGCUGGUACUUCUUAA